UGUUGCGCUCUUUCUUUUACAUCUUUGCGCUUUAACAAAAAGAGCCCACACGCGGUACUGCAGUAAUAUGCUGUCCUUUUCCCCAGAUGUGCCUAAGUGCAGUGUGUGGGUAGGCCCAUGCGCGCAUACAGCCAUGCUGUUUGAAAAGAAGCAUGCACAGGGAGAAGAUUUCCUUUUGAUGGAAAAGAAAACUCAUCUGUAAUUUCCUUUCCCCCCCUUCCAGGCGACUUAAGCAUCAUGGCCUUCAGGAUGCAGCUGGCUUUGGGGUGGAUCGUGACACUCCUCGUUCCUGCUUCUUGUUCAGUGACACCACGAGUCCCGAAAAUUGAAUAUUGUGUCACUUUCUGGGGGGGAAACAUCACAUGUUACUGGGAUCUUCUGCCGGAGACGCAUCCGCCAAUGACAUACACCCUCCAUGUUACAGAGGAAUCUGGACACUGCCGGAGAGAUUUUGGGGCCCCUGCGGAAUGCGUUGCCAAGCCGGAAGAGCGUUGGUGCAGCAUCCCCAUUGAGAACCUCUUUGCUUUCUACAAAAUCAAACUCACGGCAGAGAACCAACAAGUCCGGCUUAGCUCUUUGGAAAAAUGCAUCCAUGGAAUGAACAUUGUAAAACUGAGUCCCCCAGUGAUUCGUGCGAUCCUUGCGAACCAGAGCCGUUGCUUCCAGAUGGAAUGGGACCUACCAGGAGAUGAGAUCCUGUCUGCGUCGGAGGCCCAGUAUGAGAUCCAUUACCGGGACUUGGCAGAGACCUCCUGGACACAGGUGAAUUUUACAGUGGUGGAGAACGCAGCAGCCUUUGCAAACAUCUGCGGCGUUUCCCCUUUCACCAACUACUCUGUCCGGGUGCGAGCCAAAUACCUGCACAGCUCUUCUCUCCAAAGCAAUGAAGGUCCCGUCUGGAGUGAAUGGAGCGCAGAGAGAUUUGUAAGGACACUGCCUGCAGUUCCUUCCAGAGGACCGGCCCUUUGGAGGAAACUAGGAGCCCCGGAUGCUUAUGGAAAGAGAUCCGUUGUCCUGAUGUGGAAGCCCUUGAAGCCAACGGAAGCCAAUGGAGAAAUUUUGGCAUACCGUCUCCGCUCUCAAAGGAAGGGGGAGCCCGCAAUCCUGCAGUGCCUCACUAAAGACCUUCAAUGUACCCUCUUUCUCCCAGCUCAGGUCGGGUACACCUUCUUCAUUGCAGCCAGCAAUGCUGUGGGGGUCUCUCCCUCGAGCAAAAUUGUGGUCCCACCAUCCGGCGGCCAAGAAGAUCCAUCCUCCCCGCUUCCAGUUCUCGCCUCACCAGUGGGGGAAAAGGGCCUCCUCAUUCAGUGGUCUCUUCCCAGCUUCCCGCAGAUGCAUUACAUUUUGGAGUGGGGCCGCUUACCUGAGAAAGAGGGUGCCAACAUUUUCUGGCGCCAUCAGCCUGGGAACGUCAACCACAUGGUCAUUAAUGAAGCAAUUGAGCCAGGACAUCUCUAUAAUCUCAAGCUCUUUGCCCUCAUCGAUGGCACCAUUUGGGCCUCGGGUUCUACCAGCAGUUACUCGAAACAGAUUGCUCCACUUCGGGCACCGUCUUUGUAUCCUGUCCAGAUCUGGAAAUCCCAGGUUAAGUUGCUGUGGGAGAAACUCCCUUUGGAGGACCGGGGUGGAGUGAUCCGGAACUACUCCAUCUGCUACAAAGAAGACGGAAGGGAUGAGCAGACGGUGGUUGUAGAGGGUUCAGUGCAGAGUUAUCUCAUCAAAGGCCUUAGACCCGGAUCCAUGAUCAGGGUCUCCAUUGCUGCCUCCACCGAAGGAGGGAGCACCCGGGGACCAGCGUUGUCCAUCCGAAUGAAGAGCAACGGUCACGGAGAAGCCGAAACUUUGUUAUCCGUUCUUUGCGUGGGGUUCCUUCUCCUCCUCCUCUUUGUUGCCGGCUCUUUGACUUGCAUCUGGAAACAUCGGUGGGUUCAGAAAUACCUCUGGCCGCAAAUCCCAGAUCCAGCAAAAAGCAACCUCGCCACAUGGAUGCCACCCAAAAUGUGUCUGGAUCCGUCCUCGCGUUGCACAGAAACGUGGAGCCAAGGUUAUCUCACUCUGACUAUCGGUGACCUCUUGGGGGUCCAUACUUCCCAACAAGAAGGAUCCGACCCAAGGAAGUUUCUCGGUGACCAGUGGUUGCUUCAGGUCCCCAGCACUUUCCAGAAGACCAUCUCCAUCAAUGGAAAGAGGGGCACCUUGUGGGAAGAUGGAGAAGGACCCCCCAAAUCCACAGCCGCCAAUGAGGUGGACUACUCGAAAGUGGUUGUGGUCCAUAACAGCCGCGGGCUCCAAGAAUCGUGGAGGAGUCCUCAUCAUUCCCAUUCCUUUUCCAAAGCACCGGAUCCGCAAAAUGUAUAUUCCAGAACCCUGUUCGGACAAAGCGUUUGGCUUCAGAAUUUGACCUAUGAAGUUGUGGUGCAAAACAGAGCACUCAAAUCCACCGGCGAAUUCCCGCUCCUGGGUAGUCUGAUGGCGAUGGAAAGAGAUCUCCAUCCAGCUGAAAUCCCAUGCAGAGAUAACUUGCAAAACUCGUAACCUUUCUUGCAAGGUUUUUAUAAGACCUUAGAUGUUUGCAGUCCAGCAGCUCUGGCGUUCCUGAGAACCAUCAUCAUCAUCAUCAUCUUGCCAGCAAACAAUCUGAAAACAUUAUUUGAAGAUGCCAGCCACAGAUGCCAGCGAAACGUCAGGAAUAAACGCCUCUAGAACAUGACCCGAAAAACCCACAAAACACUAUGGAUACCGGCCAUGAAAGCCUUCGACUUCACAAAUCUGAAAAUAAAUAGCAAAGAUUGCACAAGACCACACUCCUUGCAAGAUAUAAGGCCUUAGAUCUUUGCAGGCCAGCAGUUCUGGUGCUACUGAGAAUCAUCAUCAUCGUCAUUGUCACCAUCGUCACCAUAUUGCAAGCCAACAAUCCAAAAAUAAAUAGCAAAAACUGAACAAGGCCACACUUCUCGCAAGAUUUUUUAAUAAGACCUUACAUCUUUGCAGUCCAUCACUUCUGGUGUUACUGAGAAUCAUUGUUGUUAUCAUGGUUUUUAGU